AUGACGGAUAUUGAGAAGCAAAUUCGUUUGCUUGAGUCACAAGACAUAAAAGUGUCGAAUGAUUCUCGUGAUUCUUUGAUUUAUCUCAUUAAUGUUGGUGAAUGCGUUCCCCAGUUAGUAUCUUAUUAUGUAGAUCAUCGUUCCGAGAGAGUUUUGGAAAUUUUAUGUAAAGUGAAGGAGCCUCAUGAUAAGAUAUUGUUGGAUUCACUCGUAAAUGCCAUCGCAUCCAAAAAAAGUCAAGAAACUUUAAUUUUACUAGGUCAAGUAAUACAGCAAUCACCAAGCUGGGUUCCAAAAAUUGCGAAUCAUACGAUUUUCAGUAAACUUCUAGAUAUGAUUAGGAAAUCUGGAGAACAAGUAGCUGAUUGUAUCGCAGGACUUUUGUUUAUGGCUCUGCUUAUUCCUCAUUGUCCGAAUAUCAAUUCGGCAAACUUACAAUGCAUGUUCAUUACUUUUGCUGCUUGUAGUGAUCUAUUCAGACGAAAGAUUAAAGAAGUUGAGAAAGGGAAAAUUCCCUUGAAUGACGUCGAGCGUGUAAAUGUUUUUCAUCUAGGAUUUGCCAUUCGCGAAUUUUUCCACGCCUUGUAUGGGAUAUAUCCUAAUAGUCUUCUUCACUUUCUCAAAUAUGUUCUUCAAAGAGAUAAGUACAAAAUCCUGCAGUCUGUAGUUUUGCCGCUUUGUAACGGAGUUAGGCUCCAUCCCAAUCUGUUUCUCUACGAAAAAGACAAAGAGCUCUUUAAAGACAGGUUUGCUCAUAGAGAAGCUCAUGACUUCUUAGAUGAUGUGCGUCGUGUCAUUAUUGGCUUGAUACCUAUACCAGUUGUCGGAGAACCUAGUCAACAGCCUGAGGAGCCUGAUUCGCCUGGUUUAAUUCCUCCCAAUUUUUUCCUCCACAUGUUCCCAGCUGAGAACUCGUCGUCUUCAUCUAAUGUUGGUAACGAACCUUGUUGGGAUGAAGAAGAUGAGACUAAUACACUCAUGAGCUAUAUCAACACUCCUCCUGGCAGUCAAGUUAGCACACCAAGCAUGAAACGAGGGAAUAUUGAUGAUUGUGAUCCUCCUAUCGUGAUCACCAGUGAAGAUAAAAACAAAAGGCGACGGUCUACUGGUAAUGAAAGCAGGUUCAGACUCAGUUUCAGCAUGUUCAAAAGAACUGCGGACAGAAGAUCAAAUCCUCCUCCAUAUAUUGAAGAGAUGAAAGCGGAGGAAGUCCGAUAUACAGAUAACGAUACAGCAGAAUUAGCAGAAGAAGCUUUGCGAGUUUCUUCCGAUUUGGCGGAUGAUGCUAUUUUCACAUCGGAUCUAGACAAAUCGUCUUUACGAAGCCUUGUCACUGGAAAUGAAUCUUCUUCCCCUCCAUCAGUAUCAACUGUAAUAAAUAAGGAUAAUUUGGAUAACAGAAAAUCCCGAGUGCACACCCCUUUGGUCAUUCCUCCAGAUACGAACUCAGUGUCUCCUCAUGCUAUCGAAGUCGCAUUUCGUCAACAUAAUGCUAAAAUCUUAGAGGAUAGAAGAGCUGCUGUGAAAGCUGUAAGAGAGCGUGCCGGAGCAAUUGAGCCUGAUGAAAAUGCUGUUGUUCGAUCAAGGUCAACAUCAUUUCUUUUUGGUCCUCCGAACCCAGAAGAAAAAGAAAGAACAAGCACAGUAGAGACAGGAACAGAUAUAAGCGAAAAUGGUGAAAAUCCAAAUGAAUCGAUGGAUGGAGUCCGGAGUCGCUUCUCAGUGACCUCUUAUUUCACAAAGAUUAACAGGCAAAGAUUCGUUAGUGAGUGUCCGACAAUUGAGCCGGAUACUUUGAAUGAAUGGACAAAUAGUAAACACCACACAUGUUGUAAAAUUGCUGAAAGAACUAAUUCUUGCCCUAACAUAAUUGGAGAAUUGUAUGAGAAGGCUCCUGCAAAUGAGGUCCGCGCUGAAAUUGAAUCUAAGAUUGUGCCAAAGCAGACCAACAUGAUUGAGCAAUUCCCAUAUUUGAAGCUCAUAUUUCCAAUCGAGGACAAGUAUUAUGAUCAACUCGAGUCGAACUUGGAGAGGGAACAUGAAAUUAGACGAGAAUGUUAUAUGGAUGCCAGCAGAGAUUUCCAUAACUGCCUGAAAGAACUUGGUCUAGCUGAUAAACUACCGGGUAAAAUCUAUGAUGAUAUGACUCAUAUCACAGAAGGCUUACCGGAUGUUCACAAACAGAGAGACAUUUUGAGGACUAGACUGCAAUUGGUUAAUCAGCAUCUCAUGUAUGAGAGAAGUUGUCGUCUCCUUCAUGCCAAUCGAAACAGGAAGCUCUUUGCUAAAAUCAAACAGCAAAAGGUGACCGAAACUGAGUUACUAUCUCUCAAACAGAACUAUUACCAAUUACUAAACGAAAAAAACGAGUUGACAAAAGCAUUGACUGAGAUGAGAAGGAAAAAUGAGGAAAAAUCAAGAGAAAAUAAAACGAGGGAAGCUGAAACAAAUCAGUCUAUGAGCAAGAUGAUAAAGGAAGUGGAAAGCAUGAAAAUACAGUUGGUUGAAAUGAAAGAGAGAAAUGCUAACGCUGAAAAAAAUAAUAAGAAAUGGAGGGGCUGGCUUGAUGCCUUGAAUAGGAAAGCGGACGAUGCCGAAGAGUUGUUAACUCUUCGGGAUAGCAAGAUAAUCGAAUUAGAGAGAGAAGUCGUCGCUUUGAAAGAAUCUGUUGCCAAAAAUCAACAAAUGAGAGAGAAAUUAAUAGUCAUGAAUGAUUUCCGGCGAGACGAUGAACGUAUGAGAACUCCAGAAGUCGAUGAGCGCAUAAGACAGUAUAAGGCUGAUCUUGAGAAACUCAGAAAAGAAAGGGAGAAAGACAGGAUGGACUUUGAAAGCGACAGAGCAAGAUGGCAGGAAACGGAACUACAUCUGAGAAAUGAGUGUGGGCGUAGUUCGGAGCUACAAAAAAUGGUGGACAGAACCUCUAAGCUUCUCAAAGAGCAUAAUGAAGCUGCAGAGCAGAAGUUUUUGGCUCUGCAAAUGGUUGUGGGGAAGCAAGAAGAGUUUAUAGCUCAUUUGCAUUUAUUGAUGGAGGAACGAUUGAACGGAAUCCGAAAUAACGACGGAGGCCCAACUUUAUCAAUCCCGAGGCAAGAUCAUGUUUUGGAAAUCAGAACUUUUGGGACUCCGAUUGAGCCGUCACCUCCAUUCUCUUGGUCUCCGGUGAGAAAAGAAUCUCCUGCAGAGAAUUAUGAUAGAGCAGAGUCUCCCCCAUACGAGUCUUCCCGAGAGGAGAUAUAUGGAGAUCACGAAAAGUGGCAUGGUGACCCCUGA